CAGCGUCUGGAUUGGUAUCCUUAUAGUCAUGUUUUUUGUGGUCACUCUCACGGGUCUCGUGUUGUAUAAGCAAAGAGUCAGGCAAGCCGUGAUGUUUAAGUUCCGGCGGCUGUUCCGACCCGAGACUACUAAUCAUACAUUCCAUUACCAUCAGUUCCGUUCCCCUAAUUACAGUUAAACGGUUUCGUGUCCUUUAAAACCAAUGCCAAAGAUAUAUGUGUUUUAUUAUUCCCAAUGCAUGUGUCAUUCAUUCCUCACCGGUGUUUGUGUUUCUCUUAAGACUUUUUUUGAUUAAUUUUUUGUAUGCAAAUCACUAAUUGAAUCACUAAUUGUUAAUCGUAUUGAUUGUUCACUCGUGUCUGUGUGUGUGUGCCAUGUCUUGCAAUGUGUUAAUUGAUUGAUGUCCUCAUG